AGUCGAGAAGUAAAUGUAGAACCGCUUUUCGGUGCUGCGCGUCAAUAGCGUCGAUGAUUCGUUAAUGGGUACCACUACGAAUCUGGUUCUGUUCGUUUUGCGGCUUCGGCAAUAAUGAGCCAUUUGGUGACCAACACCACAUGCCCAACCCGAAUUUGAACACCUUCGUGCUGUGAUAGUUGUGUUGUGAUCGAGAGAUUUUGUGCGGAAAUGUAUCGGUGGUUCUUGGCAGUGUUUUGCGUUUUGCAGCCAUGCCUGGCCGAUUGGGGCCUACGCGGGCCGCCCAAAACGGAACCCGAACCCAAACUGUCCAGCUCCUACAUCCCCGCUGCCAUGCAGAUUAUUGCCCACGACACUGAGCUGAUGAAGUACGUUAUCAAGCCGCCUGCAGGAGCCGCCUCAACUACAACCACAACUCUACGGCCCACUCCCGCUCAUAAACCGGCCCUGUUUGCGCCUACGGAACCUCUAGGACCCAGCGCCUAUUUCUCCGCAAGCGGCGCCCGGGACCAGUACUUGCAACUGCAGCAACCCUCGAGCGGCCUGAGCUACUUUGAUCGCUACCCGACCUACCAAGCGGGCAGGGGGCUGGAGGAGCAGGCUCUGAUCUAUCAGGAGGCGCAGAAGUACCUGGGCCAGGCCUUUGGGGACGUUCUGAGGCUGGCCAACAGCCUUGACCCAGAACUCCCGACGAAGAACGAUGAGAGUCGCGUUCAAGAGUUUUCGCAGAAGUUCGAAGACUCAGAUCUGAGCUAUCGGUUCGAGGUGCUCAACAAGAAAAAGGUGCCCCCUACCAAGGCCUACGUGACCUUGCUGUCGCUCUACGACCUGCUGAACAAGGAGGCCAAGAGGCUGAUGCUGAACAAGUUCGCUGGUUACACGGACGAGGUUCUGGGCAACUUGGUGGCCUUUUCUGGAUCCACAUCCGGCCACCAGCUGAAGGGCGUGCUGGGCAAGGUGCUGGAGAAACGGGACACCAGGAAAGCGGACGUCUUGGCCAAGAUCAAAGCGCUGGUGGCGGAGUUGGAGAUGGAGCACAGCUACAUCAAUGAGGCCCUCAAGACCAUCCCGCCCUUGGUGUUCGCCCUUUAGGGACUGAAGAGGUUGUAGACGUUGCCGGGCAAAGUAAACUGCUUUUUGUGG